AUGGCAGCGAUUGAAGCCAUGACGAGAACGUGGACGCGUGAAGUUGGCGAUUGUGCCACUGUCCAUGCCAUCAGCCCGGGCGCGGUCAUCCGGGACACGGCCCAGGAUGUGGAUUUGAUAUAG